UUUACGGUUUAGUUGACAAUAAGUCAAGCCUUGCAAAGCUCUGAUGAUUUCAUGAGAUCAAUGGCCAAUCGGAUGUUUCAUAAAUUUGAUAAGUACUGGAAAGAUUAUAACAUUUUGUUUGCCAUUGCCGUGAUAGUUGAUCCGAGGUUCAAGAUGCAAUUUGUUGAGUUUUGUUACAACAAGUUAUAUGGACAUGGUAGUAAUGAAUUAAGUCAUGUAAGAUCCAAAUUGGUUUCUUUGUUUGAGGAAUAUAUGCACAUGGGUAUUGCUUCCAAGGUAAGUACUAGCAAUGCAUCUUCGAGCUCUCAUAGUGCCAUUGAUGAUAAUGCUUCUCUUGCUCUAAAUUUAGGCAGCGGAUGCAUGGAUGUUUUGAAGGAAUUUGACACUUUUCAAAGUUUAGAAUUCAUUGGCAGAGCUCAAAAGAGUCAAUUAGAGCUAUAUUUGGAAGAACCAACAAUUGAUAGAAUAACAAAAUUGGAUGUUCUCGGGUUUUGGAAAGCUCACCAAUUUAGGUAUCCUGACCUUGCACAAAUGGCUAGAGAUAUCUUGAGUGUUCCAAUUUCUACAGUUGCUUCUGAAUCGGCUUUUAGCAUCGGUGGUAGGAUACUUGACCAAUAUCGCAGUGCCAUGAAGCCUGAUGUUGUUGAGGAAUUAGUUUGUUGUAGAGAUUGGUUAGCUGGAGGGAAAGGUAAGUAG